AUGCCUGGCGGAAAGGGAAAGUCGAUCGGUGGAAAGGCCGGCUCCAAGGACUCUGCGGGGAAGACUCAGAAGUCCCACAGCGCAAAGGCUGGUCUGCAGUUCCCCCGCGGUAGUGUUAAGCGUUUUCUGAAGAACAACACGCAGAACAAGAUGCGCGUUGGCGCAAAGGCUGCUGUCUAUGUCACUGCUGUCCUUGAAUACUUGACCGCUGAAGUUCUCGAACUGGCCGGAAAUGCUGCCAAGGAUUUGAAGGUCAAGCGUAUCACUCCUCGUCACCUGCAGCUCGCCAUCCGCGGAGACGAAGAGCUGGACACCUUGAUUCGCGCCACCAUCGCCUUCGGUGGUGUCUUGCCGCGCAUCAACCGUGCUCUGCUGCUCAAGGUGGAGCAGAAGAAGAAGGGCAAGAGCGAUUCCUAA